AUGGAUUCAUACUGUAAGCCGUCACCUUCCUACAGCUCGCUGUCAGUCUCACCAACACUUCCGUCCCCGACGAACAGCUCCGCACAAUCUCCGCUUGGUCCCGACGUUACCGACGAAGAACUGCAGCGCAUUUCCGUGCGUCAACUUAAUCAGCGUCUUCAGGGUCAUGAUCGACAGCUGGUGACAAUGUUGAAGCAGAAACGUCGAACACUAAAAAAUCGUGGCUACGCACUCAAUUGCCGAGUACGCCGUAUUCAAAAUCAGCUGCAGUUGGAAGCCGAUAACAUACAGUUACGAGAUCAGAUCCGCAAUUUGCUACAAGUUCUUUCCGAUGUACAAGCACGUCUACAAUAUUAUGAACCAACGUUUAUGCUUAACGACUACACUUACAUGACUUCAACGAUUCCAGCGAUGUAUCAAAACACUGGGACGAAUCUUUUGAUGGCAACAAACGCAUCGUCUUCGAAUAACUGUCAGAUGCCACAGCAACAAUAA